AAGAAAAUCCAAAAAUCUCCAAAAUAUUCGCGAAUCCUCUUGGAAACCAAACCAAACCAGUCCACCAUAGUCUACUCCAUACCUCCAUGGCUAAUCUGACACGUGUCCUUCUACCACAAUUUCCUCAAUGCACCACGUCUAUCUGCACCAUUUCUCUCAACCUAAACCCUAACACUACCAGAAGGCGAUUUUCAGUUCUCGCAAUGGCGGAAUCCAACCGUACCACCGUUCUCGUCACCGGAGCCGGCGGCCGUACUGGUCAAUUAGUUUAUAAGAAGCUGAAGGAGAGGUCAGGGGAGUAUAUUGCACGAGGUUUCGUUAGAAGUGAGGAGAGUAAGCAAAAAAUUGGCGGAGCCGACGAUGUUUUGAUCGGCGAUAUAACGAAUGCCGCAACUCUGGAACCGGCUAUACAAGGCACAGAUGCUAUUGUGAUUCUUACCAGUGCAGUUCCUAAAAUGAAACCUGGUUUUGAUCCGACUAAAGGUGGAAGACCUGAAUUCUAUUUCGAAGAGGGAGCAUACCCUGAGCAAGUUGACUGGGAAGGGCAAAAGAAUCAAAUAGAUGCUGCUAAAGCUGCAGGAGUGAAACACAUUGUGCUGGUUGGCUCGAUGGGUGGAACAAAUCUCAACCAUCCUUUAAACAGCCUUGGAAACGGGAAUAUACUGGUCUGGAAGCGAAAGGCUGAACAGUAUCUAGCAGAUUCUGGGAUUCCAUACACAAUUAUAAGGGCUGGGGGUUUGCAAGACAAGGAAGGUGGCAUUCGGGAGCUACUUGUCGGAAAAGAUGAUGAGCUUCUUCAGACCGAAACUAGAACCAUUGCCCGAGCAGAUGUCGCUGAAGUCUGUAUACAGGCGUUGCAAUUUGAGGAGGCGAAGUUUAAGGCAUUUGAUCUUGCCUCCAAACCCGAGGGAAGUGGAACGCCGACAAAAGACUUCAAGAGCUUAUUUGCCCAGAUCACCUCUCGGUUUUAAGUUUUAACUUCCUUCGUGUUGUGCUAUAAUAAUUGCCAUAGUGUCACUUGUUUGAUGUAUUGUCGGGACUAGUGUCAAUGUUGGAUUCGGGUGAGAUGUGAUAAUUUUGGAUAUUUUUCAGAUGUGGCAAACUUUAUAAUAGAAAAUUAUUGAUGAUAGUGUUGUCAA